UGUAGUGUGGUGUAGUGUAGUGUGGUGUAGUGUAGUGUGGUGUAGUUUAGUGUGGUGUAGUGUAGUGUGGUGUAGUUUAGUGUGGUGUAGUGUAGUGUGGUGUAGUGUAGUGUGGUGUAGUUUAGUGUGACCUGUGAACAUGACCAAACUUCUACUUACAUUAAUGUUCCUCUAACUCAGGAUGGAGUUAUUUGAAAACGGCAGAGUGGUAAAAGUUUGUGCCCCAAUGGUGCGCUAUUCCAAGCUGGCCUUCAGGUCUCUAGUCCGGAAGUAUGACUGUGACCUGUGCUUCUCUCCUAUGAUCGUUGCAGCUGAUUUCAUUCGUUCUGCUAAAGCCAGAGACAGUGAGCUGACCACAAACUCCUCUGACCGACCUCUGAUCAUCCAGUUCGCUGCAACAGAAGCUCAGACCCUGGCGACUGCUGCAGGUUUGGUCGCCCCUUUCUCUGAUGGUGUGGACCUGAACUGUGGCUGUCCUCAGAGGUGGGCCAUGGCCGAGGGCUACGGAGCAUGCUUAAUGAACAAACCCCAGGUAGUGAAGGACAUGGUGAGACACGUCAGGAACCAGGUGGACAAGCCCAAUUACGGCGUGUCCGUUAAGAUAAGAAUUCACAAGGACGUGAGGAAGACCGUGGACCUGUGUCAGAAGGCAGAAGCAGCCGGCGUGUCCUGGAUCACGGUUCACGGGAGGACAUCCGACGAGAGACACCAACCGGUACAUUACGACGUCAUCAGGGUCAUUAAGGAGAGCCUUGGAGUCCCAGUCAUCGCUAACGGAGAUAUUAAAACUCCUGGAGACAUUGAGGCUGUGCGUGAACUGACAGGGGUGGAUGGUAUGGAAAAAGAGAUGACUUUGCAGUGGACUGCUGUGGCCUUGUUCCUCUAUGUUGAGAUGGGGAUUCUCCUCCUCCUCUGCCUGCCCUUCAUCUCGGCUAUAAGAUGGCAGACCAUCUUUAAUCUGAACAUAUGGAAUCAAGGUUCUUGGUUGUGGAAAAGAGGAUUUCUGGCAAUGAUCAUUAUCCUGAUUGUUCUGUUUCUGGACGCGGUGAGGGAGGUGAGGAAGUACUCAGGAACUCAGAUACAUAAAGAGUCUAAGCUGUACCCUAAUGUGUUCGACCAUGUGCACAUGAAGCUCUUUAGAGCUCAGAGGAACCUGUACAUCUCAGGAUUCGCCCUCCUCCUGUGGCUGGUCAUGCGGAGGGUCAUCACUCUGAUCAGUCAACUCGCAGAGGCUGCAAACACCAAGUCGGCUCUUCAGGUCCAGAUAGAGGAUGCUAACAAGGCUGCCAAAAAAUACAUGGAGGAAUCUGAACAGCUCAAGCAGGCCUCACACCAUUCCGCAGGUGAUGAACAGACAGCACAGGUAAACGAACAGCUGAGAAAACAAGUGUGUCAACUCACACAGGAGCUCAAGACAUCUGCUGAAGCUCUGAACAGGUCUGAAUCACAAGCAGAAGCCAUUAAGAUUCAAGCCGCUGCUUUAGCCAGAGAUUACGACCAGUUACUUCAAAGCCAAAACCAACUGCAGCGUCGGACCGAGACUGAAGAUAAGAAAGAUAUUUGAGCUGAACGCCAGGCUCAGAUCCAGAAGCUGUAACUCCGCAGCAUGCCGGCUUGUCCUUCGUCCCAGGGUGACCCCGGGGUGACCCCAGGGCACAGAGGUUCAUCACGGGGGGGAAAAGGACCUUGGCUGUGUGUCUCUACAUGAGGAACUGUAUAACGGACCUGCACUUUUCUCUGUUUAGGUUUUAUCUUGUCUUCAGUAACUGAUUUAUAGUCUUAAAUAUACAAUGCUGUGUGAAAGGCACGAUGCGAGUCAGUGUUUGGUGUGAAACUGUUUACAAAUGAUUCAGGAUCUGGUAAAAGACUAUCAUGUAGAACCCAAACAAUGGUCCCCACAACAGUACUGUAUGUUUGACUGGGUAUUCCUGAGAUUAUAUACUGUUAGUCCCUACUGUUAAUCUGGAGAUUAUAUACCGUUAGUCCCCACUGUUAAUCUGGAGAUUAUAUACCGUUAGUCCCCACUGUCAAUCUGGAGAUUAUAUACCGUUAGUCCCCACUGUUAAUCUGGAGAUUAUAUACCGUUAGUCCCCACUGUCAAUCUGGAGAUUAUAUACCGUUAGUCCCCACUGUUAAUCUGGAGAUUAUAUACCGUUAGUCCCCACUGUCAAUCUGGAGAUUAUAUACCGUUAGUCCCCACUGUCAAUCUGGAGAUUAUAUACCGUUAGUCCCCACUGUUAAUCUGGAGAUUAUAUUCCGUUAGUCCCUACUGUCAAUCUGGAGAUUAUAUUCUGUUAUUGAGCUGUUGGUCCUUUUUAUUUUAUUGGGCUGAAGUAUAGUUUGCAUUGAUGCUUUCUUUUCUACUUUCUCUCUGGUACUCCUGUAUAACCAAAGCAAUAAAUUUGAGUUGAUUAAACAUA